AUGGUGUUCAAUUCUUUGACUGACAUUCCUCGCAACCCCAAGGAGGCUGUCGACUGGUUGGUAGCGCUGAAGGGAGCUGACGCUGAGAAGAACCUGGCUGCCAUGGGUAAGGCAGUUUACGAUUUGCUCGCCGACAAGCCUGUUGGAUUCACCGAUGUGACGGCUCUGUGGAACGUUAAGUUCAGCACUAAGAAGUUCCUGCAGAAGGAUGAGAUUAAGGACAUGUGGCCCGCAAACGAGUUGAUUGGGAGGUACUUUGCGUUUAUGGAUAAGAGUCCCGAGGCGCUCGCCAAGAAGGUUGCAAGCGUCCCCAAAAGCGACUAUGAGAACGUCAUUCAGACCAGGGGUCUCACCGCUGACUCCAUGGUAAAGAACGUCAGUGAUGUUGUGGAUGGUUGUGAAAUGUUCCUGGAGAAAAUCAAGGUCCCUGGCCAGUACAAGUCUGCUUACAGUGGAGAGGCUACGUGGGAAUCUUCAUGCGCGAAGAACCCUGAAGCUUGCGCAGUCGUCCUCGUGGGUAUUGCGCCAAUGCUGUACGUAGGCUUAGGUUCUUUGUGGUCUGCGAGCCACGCUGAAAUGUCGAAGCAGUCGACGGGUGCUGGAGAGGUAUUGAAGGUCCUGGGCUUCGUUGAGCCGCAAUGCCGCGCUGACAGCGCAUCAAGUGUACUCAGUGGUUUGAGAGGUGUGGACCUGCACAUUUUGGACACCCUCUACGACCUCGCUGGCUUCUGGGCAUUCUACUGA